AAAGUGCAUGUUGAGGUAUUCCAACGAAUACAUAUUCGACCUUCAGGAUAUAGGGUACUUGAGGAUUUUGCACAACAUUUGGAACGUUACGAAUGAGACCAGUUUUAACGAAGUUUUGGGAGAGGUUAUGGACGAUAUUGUCAAUCAGGCUUCGAGUGAUGAAUCAGGUAAGAAAUUCGCGACUGCAGCAGUUCGUUAUUCACCCCUUCUGAUGUUGUACGGAUUAGCGCAAUGCACGCUUGAUAUAUCUGAUUUCGAUUGCAAUACCUGCCUUCGGGGUUAUAUCUCGAGUAUUCCGGGUUGCUGUGAUGCAAAACAAGGAGCGAUAGUUCGGUUUCCGAGCUGUAAUAUCAGGUAUGAGUCAUACCCAUUUUACAACGCCAGCUUUGGUGCCGCUCCGCCGCCACCUACGCCAGUCCUCCGUCCUCCGUCCUCCUCCAAGUACUACUACUACUACAAGCAGCCCUGGUUUGAACACAUUUUUCAAACUCGUUUAGUUUUUGACCGAAGCUUGAACAAUUCACCAAUAUGCUUGAGAUUGCAUUGUAAUGGGGGAAUCUCAUGGCAAGUAAUCGCUGCCAUUGUAGCUUCAAUUGGGGUCGUUGUUAUUCUUUUCAUAGCAGGCUUCUGUUUCGUAACUAGAAGGGCAAAGAAGAAACAUAAUUCUGUAGAAGAAGACAAUGUUGGGGAUGACAUCUUAAAAGUGCAGUCCUUGCAAUAUGAUUUGGGUACAAUUGAAGCUGCCACAAACAACUUCUUAAACGAUAACAAAAUUGGUGAAGGUGGAUUUGGUCUAGUUUACAAGGGUUUACUUUCAGAUGACCAAGAGGUAGCUGUGAAGAGGCUAUCUCGAAUCUCAGGGCAAGGUGCACAAGAAUUCAAGAAUGAGGUGUUAUUGGUUGCCAAGCUCCAACAUAGAAUCCUUGUGAGGCUACUCGGAUUUUGCAUGGAAAGAGAAGAAAAGAUUCUCAUUUACGAGUUUGUGCCCAACAAGAGCCUCGAUUACUUUUUAUUCGACCCACAAGAGCAGGAGAAGCUGGAUUGGUCAAGACGGUACAAGAUUAUAGGAGGGGUAGCCCGGGGGAUGUUGUACCUUCAUGAAGACUCCCGGCUUAGAAUUAUACACCGUGAUCUCAAAGUUAGCAACAUCUUAUUAGAUGUUGAUAUGGAUCCAAAAAUUUUAGAUUUUGGCAUGGCUAGGAUCUUUGGAAAUGAUCAAACUCAUGGAAAUACACGUCAAGUCGCUGGCACAUUGUAAUCAGUGUCCCUGCAUCCUUUAUGUUCGUUUUUCUAUAAUUUCCAUUAACAGGCACUGACUUAUACAAUCUCAAUCUAUGCAUCAUUGGUGUUAGACUUAUCACAUAUUGUUCAUUUAAGCCACCCAAACUUGGUUAAUAAAAUUUAGAAGCUACUACACCUAUUGCCAAUUGAUUUUAGGUUGGAACCUUUAAAGAAAUCUAACAAUUGAGAUUCAUCAAAAGCUGAACCUUAGGGAAAACAAACACAUGUGCUUAUUAAUGUUUUUGAACAACGAGUGCCUAACUGCUUAAUGACAAUUCAUGGACUUUACCGUAGAAAUGAUUUCAACACUUGCUUCUCU